AUGACAGACGCGGUGAUGGGGAUGCGGGGCGUCCAUGCCAAUGCAGGGGGGCAGGAGCUGACGGACGAGGAGAAGGAGAUCAUCAACAACGUCAUCGCCCGCGCCGAGAAGAUGGAGGCCAUGGAGCAGGAGAGGAUCGGGCGGUUAGUGAAUAAGCUGGACGAGGUGAAGAAAACAGCGUGUGGGGACGGCGUGUCCCGAUGCCUGCUGUGCGGCCAGCAGUUGGGCGUGCCUGGCGUGAGCUGUGUGGUGUGUGAGGACUGCAAAAAGAGCAUGUGCUCCAAGUGUGGCAUUCAGGCCAACAGCAAACCGCGUGCCGUGUGGCUAUGCAAGAUCUGCAGCGAACAGAGAGAGGUGUGGAAGCGAUCGGGCGCCUGGUUCUUCAAAGGGUUUCCCAAGCAGUUCUUGCCCUCGCCCAUGCCCAUCUCCAAGCAAAAAGCUCCAGCCACCCAGGCCACCGCUCCACCCCCCCAGAACCAGGCCUCUGCUGCUCCUACUGCCGCCUCCCAGCCCCCCUCAAAAGCUGCAGCCACAGAGUCGCCAGGCCGUGCUGCUGCUGCUGGCUACCCCCCUGUGGCCUCCAAGCCUGCCCUGGCCCCCAAGCCCGCGGUGGCUCCAAAGCCUGUGGCCGAGCCCUACAUGGCGGCGGCGGCCGGAGACAACAGCCCUGUGGUGGUGAAACGAGCGGUUACCGUCCAGAGCUCCAGGCCCCCACCGGGACCAGCAGCGGCAACCCCGCAGGAGUCCGACCCGGUGCUCGGUGGCUAUGCAGCUGGCGGCCUCCAGCAGACAGCCAGGCAGCCGGCUUCCUACAACCCCCCGGCUGCUGCCCGCCCACCACCACGCCAGGAGGAGGACGAGGACGUCAACGACUACGACUCCGAUGAAGGAACAACGCUGGGAGCGCUGGAGUUUAGCCUGCUUUAUGAACAGGAGCAAAACAGCCUCCACUGUAACAUCAUUAGGGCCAAGGGCCUGAAGCCAAUGGACUCCAAUGGACUGGCCGACCCCUACGUCAAGCUGCAUCUGCUGCCCGGAGCCAGUAAGGCAACCAAGCUGCGCACAAAGACCCUCCGCAACACGAGGAACCCCAACUGGAACGAGACGCUGGUGUACCACGGCCUCACAGAGGAGGACCUGCAGCGCAAAACACUCAGGCUGUCGGUGUGCGAUGAGGACAAGUUCGGCCACAACGAGUUCAUUGGAGAGACCAGAGUGCCACUGAAGAAGCUGAAGAUGAACACCAAGAAGAACUUCAACAUCUGCCUGGAGAGAGUCAUCGCCACAAAGAGGACGGCUACGGCUGGUGGGUCUCGAGGCAUUGCUCUGUACGAGGACGAGCCGGGUAAGGAUGGUGAUGCGGAGGAGCGUGGUCGUAUCCUGAUCUCCUUGAUGUACAGUACCCAGCAGGGCCGCCUUAUCGUGGGGGUGGUGCGCUGCGUACACCUGGCUGCCAUGGACGCCAACGGAUACUCCGACCCCUUUGUAAAAAUCCACCUGAAGCCGGACAUGGGGAAGAAAGCUAAACAGAAGACAGGCAUCAAGAAGAAGACACUCAACCCGGAGUUUAACGAGGAGUUCGGCUACGAGAUCAAACAUGCAGAGCUGGCCAAGAAGACCCUGGACAUCUCCGUUUGGGACUACGACAUUGGCAAAUCCAACGACUACAUCGGUGGCUGCCAGCUGGGCAUCACUGCCAAGGGCGAGCGGCUGAAGCACUGGUACGAGUGCCUGAAGAACAAGGACAAGAAGAUCGAGCGCUGGCACACCCUGACCAGCGAGAACCACGACACCAGCGAUUAA